AUGGCCUCGAAACCGGUGAACCUGGUUAUCAAACCUAGAGGACGCACAAUCAAGAAGCUUCCCACCGAAGCCACCACAUACCUGCAGGGCAGUACUGCAGACCUCUACCAGCGCAUUGCCGCCGAGUCUGGCAUCUCAAUCCACCGUCUCCGCCUGACCAAGGGCAGCGACGGCUCCCUCGUCCCCAAUGCAAAGGACUUUACCGUUGAGCGCACUGGUCUGCGCAGCGACAGCGUCGUCUACGUGAAAGACCUUGGUCCACAGAUCGCCUGGCGCACCGUCUUCAUCAUCGAGUACCUGGGCCCACUGCUCAUCCACCCUCUCUUCUACUACCUGCGUCCGUACAUCUACAAGAAUGCUCCCGCUGAGCCAUCAUAUCUGCAGUCCCUUUCCUGCAUCAUGCUAGCUCUACACUUUGCGAAGCGUGAGUUCGAGACCAUCUUCGUGCACCGCUUCUCCAGUGCCACCAUGCCCGCCCGCAACAUCUUCAAGAACUCUGCUCAUUACUGGGUGCUCGGUGGUGCCAACAUUGCCUACUGGAUCUACUCUCCCACUGCUCCCACUGCUGGCCCUUCGAGCCCCUUGAUCACUUACCUCGCCAUUGCUCUCUUCGUCAUCGGCGAGCUGGGAAACCUCAACACUCACUAUGUGCUGCGUAACCUGCGUAGCACUGGUGGCACUGAGCGUGGCAUUCCCAAGGGUCUUGGCUUCGGCCUUGUGACAUGCCCCAACUACAUGUUUGAGGCAGUGGCAUGGAUCGGUCUCUGGCUGGCAUCUUGGAGCUUGAGCACUGGUCUUUUCGUUGUUGUUGCCGUAGGCCAGAUGGCUGUCUGGGCAAAGAAGAAGGAACGCAGAUACCGCAAGGAGUUUGGCGACAGAUACCAGAAGAAGAGGUUCUCCAUGCUUCCCGGUCUGGUUUAA